AUGUUGCGCCGACUGACCUCUUCGCAGCCUUCGCUCGCGGCUCUGGGACAGACCCGAGGCUAUGCCGCGGCAUCCGCCAAGACCAAGAACAUCAAGAAGAAGGAAAACUUCCAGAAAACCCGGUCGCUGGGCUUCAAGCUUAAGAAGGCCGCUCCCACCGAAAAGAAGAAGAUCAGCGGCAAUGCCAUGGUCAAGCCUUUUGCCCAGACGGUCCAUCGGGCUGCCAAGGUGUCGGACGUGUCCGAGAUUCCCGCCAUUGACGCCGAAACCCUCAAGUCCGCCGAACCCGUGGUUCUGUCCUACCAGGGAGACGUGUCCAAGACCUGUGCCAUCGGGUCUGCCUUUUCUCCCAAGCGAGGCUUCGAGCUGCUGGGAGAACGAACGACGCUCCUGAGAAAGGAGUCGCGAGACGUGUUCAAAGCGCUGGACUCGCAGAGCCGGAUCAUUCUGACCGGACCCACCAACUCCGGAAAACGAGAACUGCUCACCCACGCCAUGGCCUAUGCCAAGACCAACGGCUGGAUCGUGCUGCCCGCCCCUCAGUUGCUGCAGUACAUCAACGGAACCUCGGACUACACUCUGACCGAGUCUGGGCGACUGGAUCUGCUGCGACGAAAUUGCGAGUUUUUCCAGAAGCUCGCAGCCAUGAACAAGGAGGCGCUUGAAAAGACCAAGCUAUCUAAGGACUACUCGUUUGGCCAGAUCAAACUGACCAAGGACAACUCCAUUUACGAUCUCGCCAAGAAAAGCGUGCCCGCCCGGUUCCAGGCCGGAGACAUUUUCGACGCCGUCAUCUACGAGCUGUCUCUUCUCAAACAAAAGGUGCUGCAACCAGUCUACGAGGUGGACAUUCUGGCCCGACCCACCGAGUACCGAACCCCGGAAUACAAACAAAUCCAGGGCCGUGACUUGCAGCUGGCUCAGCUCAUCAAGUCGCCCCCGCAAAACUUUGUGCAGAUCAUCACUGCCCACGAAGGAGACGAGACCGCGGUGGCACUGGGCAAAAAACAGGCCGCCGACUUUGUCUACGAGCCCAAGUUUGACCCAUCCAUGGUCGAGCUCAUCAAGACCGGUCACGUGAUCGAGGUGGCCCCCGUGUCGGCGCUCGAGUCCGGUCUGCUGCUCGAUUACUACGAGUCUCGGGGCCUGACGCUCAAGGGUCGGGAAUUGUUGCAUGUCACCUCUGGUGGUCUGCUUGGCGAGCUCUGGCGACAUGUCCGGGCUUAUUAG